CGCGCUCUUGCGAUCUCUCUACCGCGCCAUAUACCCCAACUGUAGUUUUUAUGGCAAGUAUUGGCAUUUUUACGUCGGUCUAUGGCACGGCCAUCAUGGCCGUGGCUAUGUGCUGCUCGCUGUGCGUCAACCGCAACUGGGAACAUCCCCUCUGGCAGCAGCACUUCCCCGCCAGUGUCACCGCAUUGCAGCCCUGACCGGGUACACCGGCUACGAUAUUCCGUCGUGUGUGGGGAUGAUACUGCGGCGUCUUCUGCUGUUGGUUGGAUUAGGCUGCGCUGCGCUGAUGUGGGUGAUGGUUUGUGCGUUGCCGGUCGUCGUCUCCGCGUCGGCGCUGGUUGUGGCGUCCGCGCACGUACUGGGCAAGCAAGCGAUGUUGCCCUCGUGUGUCGUCAGAUUAAGUUUGCUAUCGGUGAACUGCACCGGCAGAUUGUUCGGAUGGUGGAUGGAUAAACCGUAUUGGGAUUCGAUCCGCAAAAGAAUUUGGGCAAGGCUUUCUGGGCAAGGAUUGUUCACAUACUCGUUUCCGGAGGUCCUCUGCAAAAAGAAGCUUGAACUGACUGGAAUAGCAGUCGCGAUACGUUCGCCACUGUUCUGCAAAAACUGCGUUCUGAUCUUGCUGACUUGCGGUAUUGUCGCGCUCAACGCCUUUACCGUAUUCAUUGGGUUUCUUGGAACGAAUGUGACGUUCAGUGAAAUGGGUUCCCACCCGAACAACCCCGCUCUGGAUGGCCACACGAGCCACUGGCCCGCUUGGCGCAAAACGGUAAUGUGA